UAUCUUUUUCUGAUUUCUAUGGAUACAUUAUCACUUCAUAGUAUAAUAAAUCCUUUAUCACCAAAAAAGAAAAGAAAAAGAUAGUAAUAGGAGAUAGAACUCGAUGCAUCAGAUCACGAAAUGCAUCUGCAAGGAGAUGAGAGUUCUCAAACGGUCCAUUUGGCCGAUCCCAACCCACGCACCAGAAGACCCAAAGAAACCCACAAAUAAUUGAUCCUUUUCCUCUUCUUCAACAGAACGUUGUUUCACUUCCCAUCUUCUUCCAUCCCCACCGCCAUCUUACUCUCCCAAAAAUUAUUAGAUUUUCGUAGUCAUAAACCAUGCUCGAUUGGAUCUUCCUCUUCCUCACCAUCUCUCUAUGCUUAGCCUCUAGAUUACUCCUCUCCAAACUAUCGAACACUUCGAAAAAGAAGCAAACCCUACCCCCGGGCCCAAGAUAUAUUCCCAUCCUCAGCCCCAUCCUCUGGCUCCGUCGUUCCCUCUUCGACCUCGAGCCCAUCCUCCGCUCCCUCCACACCAAGUACGGCCCCAUCCUCACCGUCCGCAUCACCUCCCGCCCGGCCAUCUUCGUCGCCGACCGCGACCUCGCCCACCAGGCCCUCAUCCAGACCGGCGCCGCUUUCGCCGACCGCCUCGCCGCCACCGAGGCCAGCCGCCUCCUCAACAGCAACCGCCACAACAUCAGCUCCGCCCCCUACGGCCCCCUCUGGCGCCUCCUCCGCCGCAACCUCGCCGCCGAGAUCCUCCAUCCCUCCCGCGUCAAGCUCUUCGCCCCCGCCCGCCGCUGGGUCCUCGACAUACUCGUUACCAACCUCAAAGCCAAGGCCGAGACAGGGGACGGGGUGGUGGUGGUCAUGGAGUGCUUCCAGUACGCCAUGUUCUGCUUGCUGGUGUUCAUGUGCUUCGGCGAGAGAUUGGACGAGAAGGCCAUCAGAGACAUCGAAGCCAUCCAGAGGCUUCUGCUCUCGUCCUUCAUUAAAUUCAACGUCUUCUCUUUUCUUCCCACGAUUACGAAGCUCGUGUUCAGAGAGAGGUGGAAUUUACUCUUAGCUAUCCGCCAGAAACAAGAAGAAAUCUUCAUCCCUUUGAUAAGGGCACGAAAGGGCCGGAAGCAGCAGCCCGGCGACGGCGACGGCGACGGAAGCUUUGUUUACUCGUACGUAGAUUCUCUUCUUGGCCUGCAGCAUCCUGAGGAUGGAGGGAGGAGGCUAAGCGAGGGUGAGAUCGUGAGCCUCUGCUCUGAGUUCUUGAGCGCGGGUACCGACACGACGGCGACGGCGUUGCAGUGGAUCAUGGCGAACCUUGUGAAGCACCAAGAGAUACAAGCGAAGUUAUUGGAAGAAAUUGAGGGGGUGGUGGGGAGCGACGGAGAGGAGAUCAAGGAGGAUGACCUGCAGAAGAUGCCGUAUUUGAAAGCAGUGAUCAUGGAAGGGCUGCGGCGGCACCCGCCGGGCCACUUCGUGCUGCCGCACACGGUGACGGAGGACGUGACUUUGAAUGGACAUUUGAUACCGAGAGGCGCGGCGGUUAAUUUUACGGUGGCGGAGAUGGGUUGGGAUGGAAAGGUGUGGGAGGAGCCCAUGGAAUUUAAGCCGGAGAGGUUCUUGGCCGGCGGGUCGGCUGAGGGGGUGGACAUAACGGGAAGCAGGGAGAUCAAGAUGAUGCCUUUUGGGGUGGGUAGAAGGAUAUGCCCGGGGCUCGGGCUGGCGAUGCUUCACCUCGAGUACUUUGUGGCCAAUUUGGUGAGGGAAUUCGAGUGGAAGGCAGUAGAUGGAGAAGAGGUUGAUUUGUCUGAGAAGCUCGAGUUCACGGUUGUAAUGAAGAAUCCUCUCCGUGCUCGAAUCUUGUCACGGUACACGUAACGGUGAAUGCUGAGCGUCUGGGAUCUCACUGUUCGAUAUAAAUUCUAGAAAGGCUGUUCCUAGUCACGAUGCAUGGUUCUCCAAGGGAUCCUUGUUCGUAUGUAUCUAGUGUUGUGGUUGAUGGGACGAGGCACACGUUAUUAAUGAAUAUUGUACCCUUUUUAUACUAUAAUGAACAUUGUACUUUCUG